UCCCUUCUGGAAUCCCCUACUUCCUUUUCAAGACCAACCUCCUUGCCGCUCUUGCUGUCUCUUUUGCUUCCUCCAACUUGCCGAAAGGAAAAACUUCUCCAAAUGUCUGUGUCGCUGAAAUGAUCAGCGUCGGCUAAGUCAGGCCUCUGCUGGCGGGAGGAAGGCGGCUUGACAUUUUCUUAGAAGGUUUAACUGAAACCCGCGAUGCUCAAGCCGUGUGGUGCCCGGCAUUGAGAAGCCCAAGGGUGGAGUUGUUUAUCCCUUGGUACACAGGGACCUUCGCUGGCCUCCUCCAACCUUCAGGGAAUAGAUAAACCUGGCUUUGGGUGUUUCCAGCUGUGCAUGGUGACUGACCAGCCGAGGACCCACCCCGGAGAGCUUUGGACACCUUAACAGUGAACGAGCAUGGAGGGGGAGGAUUACAACAACUCCUACGAUUACCACUAUGAUUACGAGUACCCUGAGGACCCUGAAGCCAUCCUGGUUUUGGAGGAGUUUCCACCCCCGGAAGGCAGGGCGAUCAGGAUCUUCCUGGUGGUGGUCUACAGCGUCAUCUGCUGCCUGGGCAUCCUGGGCAAUGGCUUGGUGAUCUUCAUCGCCACCUUCAAGGUGAAGAAGACGGUGAACACCAUCUGGUUCGUCAACCUGGCCAUCGCCGAUUUCCUGUUCAACCUCUUCCUCCCCUUCCACAUCGCCUACGUGGCCGCGGACUAUCACUGGGUGUUCGGGACGGCCAUGUGCAAGCUCAGCAACUUCCUGCUCAACCACAACAUGCACACCAGCGUCUUUCUGCUGAUGGCCAUCAGCUUCGACCGCUGCAUCGCGGUGCUCCUCCCCGUCUGGUCCCAGAACCACCGCAGCAUACAGCUGGUCUACGUGGCCUGCGUGGUCAUCUGGGUCCUGGCUUCCCUCUUGAGCUUCCCUUCCCUCGUGUUCCGGGACACGGUCCUCGUGCACGGGAAGAUAGUGUGCUUCAGCAACUUCAGCCUGGGAGAGGCCAACUCUUCCCUGGGGCGCGCACACCUUCAUCCGGGCUCCGUGGGGUUCCGCUGGCACCUGGCGGUGAGCGUCAUGCGCUUCCUCUGUGGCUUUCUGAUCCCGGUCCUCAUCAUCACGGCCUGCUACGUCACCAUCGUCUGCAAGCUCCGGCGCAACCGCCUGGCCAAGAGCAAGAAGCCCUUCAAGAUCAUCCUGACCAUCAUCAUCACCUUCUUCCUCUGCUGGUGCCCCUACCAAACCCUCUACCUCCUGGAGCUCCACCACACCUCCGUGCCUGCCUCCAUCUUCACCUUGGGCUUGCCCCUGGCCACGGUCCUCGCCAUUGCCAACAGCUGCAUGAACCCCAUCCUGUAUGCCUUCAUGGGUCAGGACUUCAAGAAGUUCAGGGUAACCUUCUUCUCCCGCCUGGCCAGCGCUCUGAGUGAGGACACGGGCCAGUACCCCGACCCCAGCUACAGGAACUCGACCAGGAUGUCGUCCAUCAACGAGAGAUCCUCGAAGAACGAGAAGGAGACCAACAUGUUGUGAGCCCCGCCUGGAGACCCCGACAGACACUCCCAACCUUGGCGUCCAAGGCGCUGCCUUCCCGAGGCCGCGGCGGGAGCCUGCGCAGCGCCCACCAACGCCCGGUGCAUGUCACACGGGGCCGACCAGUGUUUUGAGCCGGGUACCCAAGGCUUGGGACCCCUUUCUCCCGGGGGCAUGGUGAGCAUCUCAUGCCACAGCCUUGGACCAGCGUCCCACGCUCCUUGGGAGACCAGCCUUGACCAACGAAGACGACGCCAAGCACAAAAGGGAGAAUUCUCCAAAGCACUGCCGUGGACCGCGAUCAGCACGAGACAGGGAGAUGAUGCUACCUAUUGUGCGCUCCCCGGAAAUGACACAAACACUCUAGCGGGUCCGUUCCCGGGGUGAGCGGAGGAGGGCAGAGCAUGCCUCUCCCUACUUACCCAUCCAGCAGCCAGACAGACGUCUCAUCCCUCAAGCCACUCCUCUGGAUUGGGGCGCGGGGAAUGCACAGGGCACCUGGGAGAGGAAGGUGACAGAUGAGCCCUGGACCGUGCAUGUGUGUUCAGCUCUCCUGGGAACACAAAGAACAGGCCCCGAGGGGCCAUGCGGGCUCCUGGGGGAAAGGGAAGGAGAAAGGACUGUCCAUGGGCUUUGUGCUGAGCUAUUUUAGGGGCGGGGGUGGUGCUAGUCCUUUCCCCCAACCCCUGUUCUCACUUUCAAUUUGUCCCUGGGGGUGUUGGGUGGAGGGGUCAGCUUCACCAGGAGCCCCCACCCACUCCUUCCCUGAUCUAUGGGGUCUGGCUGGAGCCACUCAGAAUGAAACACUCUGGGCAGGAGGUGAGCAAGGAGGGCCUCUCCUCUUCCUCUUCAGCUUCCUCCACGCCUUGCUAGAGACCAGUCCCAGGCACCGGCAGGAAGCUACAGGGAGUGCCUUGUGGCUGGGAUGUGUGUCCAAGGGCCCAGUC